GGGCGGAGUCAGUGGGAGUCUCUGGGUGAAAGUCGUCGGAGCUGUCAAACAGCAACAGUCGUGUGAAAUAUCAUCACGGGCUGCACUAAAAUAAACAGUUACAGCGCUCCACCGGGACCGCCGACAGAGACCCGGUUCACCGUGGAGGCAGGAGCCCCGCCGUUGGAGGGUUUGGACUUUCCAGCCGCCGCGGUUUUCAACAACCCACAUCCCUCCAAAGCUGUCAUCAAACUGAGCUUUUCAACUGCAACCAAUGAGAGAGGGGACUAGUAUAAUUCUGCGUCACAUCCAGAGUCCAUCCAGAGUUUACCCAGAGGCACACCUUUGGCCUAUGUUUUCAUGUAUCUUUACUCCCAGGACACGGAUUACACACUGUACCGCCGUGAGGCUCCUCGGCAACAUCAGGGCGAUCCAGUCCUCUUGUCAUGUGGCUGCUUUACAGAAAAAGACCUAAAUUAGCCUCGCUGUCGUUGCUCUGUACUACAUCGCCAUGGACCGGAAUAAACGCAACUCUAUUGCUGGUUUCCCUUCACGGCCGGAACGCCUCAGUGAGGACAGCGAUGGGGUUGGAGGUGUAGGAACUGGGGAGAUGGGCCCUCCAUCACAGCUGGGGGGCAGGGUAUGUCCAUCCUCCUACAGAGCCCUCAUCAGUGCCUUUACCUGUCUAACACGCCUUGAUGACUUCACCUGUGAAUGGAUUGGCUCAGGAUUCUUCUCUGACGUCUUCAAGGUACGACAUCGAGCGUCAGACCAGGUGAUGGCGUUGAAGAUGAACAAGCUCAGCAGCAACAGAGCUAACAUGCUCAGAGAGGUCCAACUGAUGAACCGGCUUUGCCAUCCCAACAUACUCAGGUUUAAGGGAGUGUGUGUCCAUGAAGGUCAACUCCACGCCUUGACAGAGUACAUUAAUGGAGGAAACCUGGAGCAGCUUCUGGACAGCAACAAACAUCUGAGCUGGCUGUCCAGGGUGAAGCUAGCCUGCGACAUAGCCAGCGGUGUGGCCUACCUGCACUCUAAGGGCAUAUUCCACCGAGACCUCACCUCCAAGAACUGCUUGAUCAAAUGUGAUGACAAUGGUUACACAGCAGUGGUGGGAGACUUUGGCCUCGCAGAGAAGAUCCCUACGAAUCAGACUGAAGUGGAGAAGCUGUCAGUGGUUGGUUCCCCGUUCUGGAUGGCUCCAGAGGUCCUCAGAGAUGAACCCUACGACGAAAAGGCUGACGUCUUCUCCUAUGGAAUCAUUCUGUGUGAAAUCAUUGCAAGGAUCCAGGCCGACCCCGACUUCCUUCCUCGCACUGAGAACUUUGGCCUGGACUAUCACACGUUCCAGCACAUGGUUGGAGACUGUCCGUCGGACUUCCUCCAGCUGGCCUUUAACUGCUGCAACUUGGAUCCUAAACUCCGUCCAUCUUUUCAAGACAUCGUCAGACACCUGGAGGACGUUCUCGCCCAUCUCAAAGUAGAAGACAUGCAGCAUGACUGUGUUGCUUUGAGCGGAGAAGCCGACAAGAAGACUAUUCCCAAAGGUGAGAAGAUCCAGGGGUUCAAGCGCCAGAAUCCUCUUGGUUUCCAGAAUGACAAAAUCCCCCCCAAAUCCCCCCGUCCCAGACGAAACAUCUGGCUGAGCCGCAGCCAAUCGGACAUCUUCUCCUGCAAGCCAGGAAGAAAAGUCAAUGUCCAGGACCCGUACUACAACCCCCCCACCUCCCUGAGAUCCCCCAGAGCUUGCAAGAUCAACCCUUUCACUGCCCGCGAGGACUUGUGCGGCGGGAAGAUCAAGUUUUUUGACGUUCCCAGCAAGUCGGUCUUCUCUCUGGUGUUCGACCUGAACUCUCCUCCUGGCAGCGCGUUCAGCCACCAUCCCAGUUCUCACGGGCCCGGAGUAGCCCAGCAGGAGACCUCCUACUACUGGCAGCAGCUGCCGGGAAGACAGUGCCACUCCUUACCGGUGUCCCCGCAGCUGCCGCGCUCAGAGAUGGUGCACCUCGCCGCGGCCAUGGCCAGCAACAACAACGGCUCUGUCACGUGCAAUGCUAGCCAGCUGUCCACGACUCUGCCAGCCACUAAUUCCAGGUCCGACACCAGCUUGAUAUCGAACGACGUCCGGCAGAGGGCGCUGCUGAGCAGCUGGGCCAGGAAGUACUUUGUGGUCGACAUCCCACCUUACUGCGGGCAGAGAGGAGGGGAUGAUGACGGGGAAGACGAGGGGAAGGAGGGAAACAAGGAGGACGUGAGCGGGGAGAGCUGGUCUCCCAUCAUUACCAGCAGUGAGACGGACAGCGGGGAGGCGAUGGACUGCUCCAGCAGCCGGGAGGAAGAGGAGGAGCUCCAACGGCGGACGGAGGCGUGUCCAAUGUGACUCCAAGGAGGACGACAGGGACAGGAGAAAACUCCUGCUUGAGAGAGUGAAAGAUGGGAAUAAUGAAAGGUUAACAAGAAAACAUUUUCAUUUUCCAUCGUUCAAGUGAAUGUAUCACGUUAAAUUAAUAAACUACUUAACUUAGGUAACCCUUUUCAGCGCCGUCACCGUGCUGGGACGGUCCUGAAAGAGCAUCAUCCACAAACUCUGCAUAAAGAUUAUUUUUCUGAAGAGGUUGUUUAUAUUUAAUAUCGCCAGAUGUAGAUUUUUAAAGCUGUCCUUCACUCCCGUCACGUCUGUAAGAAGGAAUAUUGAGGAUUCCUGUAUUUGUGUAAGAAUUCAAAUGUAUAUUUUGAUAUUUCCUGUGUUCACUGUGAGACAAAAAAAACUUCACACAACAAAUUGCAAACGUGACAUUUUUCUGAACAAAAUCUCACAUUUUGCCGAUAAACUCAAAACAGAAGACAACCAAAGUUUCCUGUGAAGUCAAAGGCAGCUCUCAUGACUGAAGCAACAGAAAAAAAACUACAACCUAAUCCUCACACGAGCAAUAACCCGCUCCAGGACUGCUUGAGCAGAGAUUUUCACAGGCAUUUUGGUAAAAACAAUGAGCACCUAAAGAAGCGAAGCUGCACCAUUCGUGGUAUAAAUUAGAAAAAGAUUCUGUUUUUGUUGUAAUUAUUAACCACGUCACAGUAAGGGGUAAUUCUGAAACUUAAAAUGUGAAAAAUGAUCUGGUCAGAAAAUGUACCUUUAGGGGUUAAAUGAAGACCAGUACAAUGUUGAUUUCACAGGAGUCACGAACUGAAAAAGAUGUUUGUUUUUUCUCAGAAUGGUGCCACUUUGCACUGAAACAGUAUUAUAAAACAAAGGGAUUCAUGGUGAAUUUGAUGUUGCUGCUGGGGUUAAAAAAAAAAACAAAAUUUCCAUCCACAGGUUACUAAUCUCACUGGAUUAUCGUAUAUUUAUGCUAAAGAAAAAUCUCUGGAACUUCAUUAUAUCUCCUUUUAAGAAGGGAAGUUGAGGCUAAAAAAUAGAUGAGGUGACUGGGAAUAUUUUCAGAAUUUGGUGAAAUCAUUUAAGUUAGAGAUCCUGUCCAUUGUUCAAAACAGUUAAGAAGAAUCACAUUAGAAACAGCAUGUAAAGCAAUUUGGAGUAAACUGUUUUUUGUGAAGCUUCUACAUGACCUGUUGUUCAGCUUUUCCCAUCAUGAUGGUCUCCUUGUUCCUAAAUACUCAAACCAGUUCUCCGUGACUUCUUGUGGAGUUUCUUUGACACAUUUCCUGUUCUAUGUCUGUCAUAAGCUCUCACUCUGUCCAAUAGGAACUCAAACGCACCUGCACAGGUGUAAACAUGGAACUCUGUCACUACUUUUCUAUGCAACUUUUAUCUCACAGUUUUACAGGAUAAAGAGUUGAUAUUUAUGUAAUGUCUUACCCUUUGUAUAUUUGUGUCAAAUGCUUGUCUUUCCUGCUUUGUUGAUAAAGGUUGAGAUGUUUUUUUUUUCCUGACCAAAUAACAAAACUUCCUUGAGU